AUGGCAUCGCCUGGGUCGAAGAAACUUGUUACCGCCGACGGAUCGGAGAAGAAAUUGUCCGGUAAUCUCGGAACAAUCGGCGAUCUUAGUGAUAGUGGAAGCAGCAGCCGUGGCAGCGGCGGAGAAGGAGGAAAGUUUGAUUAUUUCGGUUGGGUCUAUCAUUUGGGUGCGAAUAAGAUCGGGCACGAGUAUUGUCAUCUCCGCUUCCUUUUCAUCAGAGGCAAAUACGUCGAGAUGUACAAAAGAGAUCCUCACGAGAACCCAGACAUUAAACCUAUAAGGCGUGGUGUCAUAGGGCCUACAAUGGUGGUUGAAGAGUUAGGACGUCGCAAAGUUAAUCAUGGGGAUGUCUACGUCAUAAGGUUCUAUAACCGGUUGGACGAGACGAAAAAAGGAGAAAUUGCUUGUGCUACCGCUGGAGAAGCCCUAAAAUGGGUUGAGGCUUUUGACAAAGCAAAACAGCAGGCUGAAUAUGCACUAUCGAGAGGUGCAAGCUCAAGAACAAAAUUAAGCAUGGAUGCCAACAUCGAUCUGGAAGGACAUCGACCUAGAGUAAGGCGUUAUGCUUUUGGAUUAAAAAAGCUUAUCCGAAUUGGGCAAGGUCCGGAGACUCUUUUGAGGCAAUCUUCUACCUUGUUUAAUGAUGCCAGGAGUGAUGGUUUCUAUGAGGGUGGUGACAAUGGAGAUGCAAUCGAGGCACAUCAAUGGAAAUGUGUUCGUACAAUCAAUGGUAUACUUGGCGGUGUUCGGAUUUUUGAAGAUGUGGCUAACUUCAAGGCUGGUAGAGGAGUUCUUGUGAAAGCAGUUGCUGUGGUUGAAGCUAGUGCGGAUGCUGUGUUCGAAGUGAUUCUAAAGCUUGACAAACAUCAAAGAUACGAGUGGGAUACAGUAACAGGUGACUCGGAGUUGAUAGACUCGUACGAGGGCCACUAUGAUGUUGUUUACUGCGUAUACGAUCCUAAGUACCUUUCACGAUGGCAAUCGAAGAGGGAUUUUAUUUACUCUAGACAGUGGGUUCGUGGACAAGAUGGGACAUAUACAAUCCUACAGUUUCCUGCAGUGCAUAAGAAACGGCCUCCAAAGUCUGGAUAUCGACGUACAGAUAUUACUCGCAUUUUCUAUCCCAGUGUUUCCAGUACUGAUCUAAAUGGUACUUCGAUAGCCAGAGGCGCAAGUAACGUAUUAGACGCUAGUGUUGAUCCUGUGAAUAUCGAUCCAAGUCAGUUCCAAGGAUCCCUACGCAAAGGAAAUGGUGAUAAGGACUCAAAUUGCUGGAAUUCUCCUAGUGGCAUGGGUUUUAUGAUCAGGGGAAAGUCUUACCUGAAAGAUAAUGCAAAGGUGAUGGGUGGGGAACCCCUUCUGAAACUUGUAUCAGUGGAUUGGCUUAAACUUGAUAAAGCUGUAGACAACAUCGCUCUGCAUCCGAAAUCUCUUGUCCAGUCAGAACCUGGGAAAAAGCUGCCAUUCAUCCUUGUUAUCAAUCUUCAGGUACCAGCAAAGCCUAACUAUUGUUUGGUCCUCUACUAUGCUGCGGAUCGACCUGUAAGCGAGUCAUCGUCCCUGGGAAAAUUUGUAAAUGGGAAUGACAGUUACCGCGACUCAAGAUUUAAGCUGAUCCCAAGUAUUGUUCAGGGAUAUUGGAUGGUCAAGCGAGCUGUUGGAACAAAAGCUUGCUUGCUUGGUAAAGCUGUAACCUGCAAGUACCUGAGGAAGGAUAAUUUUCUGGAGAUUGAUGUAGAUAUUGGAUCAUCGGCUGUUGCGAGGAGCGUUAUUGGUCUGGUCCUUGGUUAUGUCACAAGCCUCAUUGUUGAUCUCGCCAUCUUGAUUGAGGGAAAGGAGGAAACAGAUUUGCCAGAGUAUAUUCUUGGGACGGUUCGGCUUAACCGAAUAGAGCUGGACUCAGCCGUCUCAUUUGAGGUUUGA